AUGCUUUACCAUAUUGUGCAUACAGCACUGUCAAUCAUUGGAGUUUUGUUGAACUCAUUCAUGAUGUAUCUCGCUAUAACCAAAUCGCCAAAAAUCAUGCGUUCCUGUUCGGCAAUCAUAACCAUUAAGACGUCAACAGAUAUCCUCGCAUCGGUUAUGAAUUUCUUUGUGAUUCAAAGAAUAAUCACUGACGGCUCCUCAAUCCUUGUCAUUCCAACCGGACCAUGCACCAAUUUCGGAAAAACCGCUUGCUACGUGGGACACAUGCUCAUGUUAUGCUUAUUAGAAUACAACCUUGUCUGGAUGAUUUCCUCCUACAUCUUCCGUUACUACAUCCUUUACGUCCGUGAGCCUCCUAUCAAAAACCUGGUUUUUGUUGCAUUUUGCCUUUCAAUUCCAUCCAUCAUUCAUAUGGCUAUUUGGUUUAGUCUGUAUAAACCAAACCACGAAACUACAACGACGACAGCAUUUGGAUUAACAGCAACUGAUAUGGUACUAAGUGGAAAAAUUGUUUACCGGUCCGCUCUCACUCUGAUAAUUCAACUAUUCGCAACUGCAGUUUUGGUUGUCAUUGCUUAUAUUUGGAUUCGUGAAACUCUGUGUGGAUUUGCAAUAAAAAUGGGUGCAGUCAAGAAUGAUAUGAAAAAUUUGAACAAGCGUUUAGUUAAGGUUAUCACGUUUCAAGUCUUCCUUCCGUCGUUCAUUUUUCUUGGAGUAAUUAUCUUCGCUGCCAUGUUUGCCAAAAAUGUAGAUUACCGAUAUGCUCAAUACUCAGUCACCAUAAUUUUCAUGUUUUCCCCAAUUUGUUCUCCGUUCUCGUAUAUUCUAUUUGUUCCUCAUUACCGCAAUGUCAUCACCGGGAAGAAAAAGAAAACCAAGGCAGAUUUAAACGCGUGCAGACCACGAGUGUAUGGCGUGUAA